GCUGCCUCUCGCAGGUUCGUGGAGACCGUGGAGCUGCAGAUCAGCCUCAAGAACUACGACCCCCAGAAGGACAAGCGGUUCUCCGGCACCGUCAGGCUGAAGUCGACGCCACGGCCCAAGUUCUCGGUCUGUCUGUUGGGGGACCAGCAGCACUGUGAUGAGGCCAAAGCGGUUGACAUCCCGCACAUGGACAUAGAAGCUCUGAAGAAGCUCAACAAGAACAAGAAGCUGGUGAAGAAGUUGGCUAAGAAGUACGAUGCCUUCCUGGCUUCCGAGUCCUUGAUCAAGCAGAUUCCUCGAAUCCUGGGCCCAGGCCUGAACAAAGCCGGGAAAUUCCCUUCUCUGCUCACCCACAACGAGAACCUGGUGGCUAAGGUUGAUGAGGUCAAAUCGACCAUUAAAUUCCAGAUGAAGAAGGUGCUCUGUCUGGCUGUGGCUGUCGGUCACGUGAAGAUGACAGAGGAUGAACUUGUCUACAACAUCCACCUGGCCAUCAACUUCCUGGUGUCCCUGCUGAAGAAGAACUGGCAGAACGUGCGAGCUCUGUACAUCAAGAGCACCAUGGGGAAGCCCCAGCGCCUCUACUGAGGGGGCAGCAAUAAACUCUGUGGGCACCCACGA